GUGGUCUGAAACUUCUUACCUUCGGGAUCCUGAGAGCGACUGUGAAGAUGGCUGACAACAACGAGGCGAUAAAGAAAUGUAGAAACAAUAUCGAAGCGCUUCUGAGCCAGAAAGGUCAUGCAGGCCUUCGGGAAACAUCGUACCCUUCGCGAAGCUUGAACUUCCUGCAGCGCGUCAACAAGAGGUGGCCGCAAAGAAGGCCCCCAUUCCAAGCCCACUGCCAGCCACCGCCACAAGAAGAUCUCCCAUUGCAAGCUAAAGUAAAACUCAACAUAGUGGUUGCGGGAGCUGGCCUGGGAGGAUUAGCAACCGCCAUUGCGCUCAGAAGACGUGGCCACGCCGUAACCGUCUUCGAAAAAGCGCCUGAGUUGGGAGAGGUCGGGGCCGGUAUUCAAGUCCCACCAAAUUCAAGCCGCCUACUACUCAAAUGGGGCUUGGGACCAUAUCUUGGAGGAAAAGCCAUCGAGCCGCACGCAAUCCGUAUGCGCAGAUGGCAAAACGGCGAAGUGCUCAGCUUGACGAAGCUUCUCCCAGAUUUCCGAGAUCGGUUCGGUGCGCCAUACUACGUUGUGCAUAGAGCCAAUCUGCAACUUGCGAUGCACAAGCUUGCGCUCGAUCUCGGCGUCGAGGUGAAGGUCAGUUCGGGGGUGAAUAGGUACGAUGCAGAGACGCCGAGCGUGGGGCUUGAAGAUGGAUCGGUAUACCAGGCGGAUCUUGUUGUUGCGGCAGAUGGGAUAAAAUCUGAAGCUCGGAAAGUAGUGUUGGACGGAGAGGACCAGCCGCCGAAGAAAGCGGGAUUCGCUGCGUACAGAGCUAUGGUAGAUGCUGAGAUGAUGAGAGGCGACCCGGACGUGUCGUGGUUGCUUGAAAGUCCUGGGCAAAACCUCUGGCUCGGCGACCAACGGCACGUCAUGACCUAUACGAUCGCAGGCGGUAAAUCAUUCAACAUGGUGCUUUCGCACCCGGAGGACUCUGAUCCAGCGACUUGGAAUCAGGCGACCGUAAUUGAAGAUAUGAAGCGGCAUUUCGAAGGCUGGGAUCCACGCAGGCUCGUAAAGGUUAUCAGCAUGAUUCGCACGACCCUGAAAUGGCCUCUCUUAUCUGGCAAAUGUCUCCGAAAAUGGGUUUCGACCUCCGGAAAACUCCUCAUUCUCGGUGACGCCGCGCAUCCUAUGGUGCCUUAUAUGAGUGAAGGCGCAGCAAUGGCUGUGGAGGACGGUGCUGCUCUCGCUGAGAUCCUAUCCCUGCUUGACUCCAAAUCGCAGCUCCACAGCGCGCUCCAGAUCUUCGAGCGCGUACGGCUUCUAAGGGCAGGGCAAAUGCAGGAAGCGAGUUUGGUCAAUGGGAAAUUGUGGCACUUCGCGGACGGGCCGGAGCAGAGGGCAAGGGACGAGGCGAUGAGGCCAGAGGUGGAAGAGAGGGAGUUUGAGGAAAGCCCGAACCAAUGGAGCGACCCGGUUACGGCGGCUUGGGCGUACGGCUAUGAUGCUGAGGAAGAAGUCCGCAAGGCUUUCAUCGAGAAUCAGAGCAGAAAUGCAAAGUUGUAG